CCUGGGAAGGAUGGGAAUGCUGGUGAGAGCAGCCAUGCUUAUGAGUCCUCUUCUCUUCUGCAAUGCUUUUCUGGACCUGAUUGGCCCCAAUGAGAUCAGCGGCGUAUGGAAGGGAGCUACCACCCUGCCAUGUGCCUAUGUGCCUGUGAAGGACUUUGUGCAGCAAACGCUCACGUGGUCUGUGGUACAUGACCAGAGCUCUGGCACUAUAUUUCGGAGGGAUGGCUCUGGCGACCAUGUCCUCCUGUCUGAGUACAGGGGCAGGGUCAGUGUCCUGAAGGGCGCCCCAGGGAACGUGUCUCUCCACAUCCUGAACCUGGAGGUCUCUGACAGGGGAACCUACACUUGCCAGGUCACCUGGAGAGCCAGCAACAACAGCCUGAUAGCAAAAGAGAUCACCAUUAAAGUGGAGGUUGUUAAAGUUGCAGUGACCAAGCCCGUCAUCAGGGCCGGCGAGCUGGGGCUGACAGUCCCGGCAGGAGCCAGGACCAGCCUGACCUGUGUGGCCAGCGGGUCCCCCCCCAUCAGCUACCGCUGGUUCAGGAGCGGCCCCGGGGGGAAAGCCCUGCUCCUGAGCAGCCAGGCCGAGCUGGCGUGGGACAGCCUGCGGCCCUCCGACACCGGGAAGUACUACUGUGAGGCAGAAAACAACGUCAGGGCCAGGGCUGUGCAGCAGAGCGACACCGUUGAGCUGACAGUGAGAGAUCUGCCCACAACAACAGUGGCCUCUCAGAAGGAUGUGGGAACCACAGAGAGGGACUGCCCAACCACAGCUCCGGGUAACAGCAGUUACGGCUGA